GACGUUCCCCACGCUCGGUGCGACUCGACGUCAGCGCAGCGGAUCUAUGACCGAAGCGAGCCGCGAGGCGGUGGUCCCCGAAACAUGUCCGUCGUGCCCCGGGCAGCCGCGGUGGUCGUGACCGGCCAUGGGAGUCGUCCCGCGGCCUGAACCAGCGAGCGACUCUCCCGCAGCGACUCUCCCGCAGCGUUAGAACCAACCGCGUUUCAUCCACGAGAAGAUGGCGGAGUUCUCGCCCGUCCUGUCGAUGCGGGAUGGAGCAGGAGCAGCAGCAGCAGCGGCAGCAGCGGCAGGAGGACGCCUCGGCCAGCCCAUCUUCCCUCGGUCCAGGUCCGGCUCCGAGUCGGAGAGCGAGCUGUCCCAGAGCCUGGCCCGCACCAAGAUCCGGUCGUACGGCAGCACGGCCAGCGUCGCGGCCUCCCUGGGGGAGAAGUUCGUCGAGCACCGGGUGGCAGACACGGACACUCUGCAGGGGAUUGCGCUCAAAUACGGCGUCACGAUGGAGCAGGUCAAGAGAGCCAACAAGCUGUUCAGCAACGACUGCAUCUUCUUGAGGAACAGCCUCAACAUCCCCGUGGCGUCAGAGAAGCGCUACGUAUUUAACGGACUGUCUCUGGAGUCUCCCGACGGGGACGGCGAGGCGGCGUGCCAGGGGGCGGACGCGCCCCGUAGCGUGCCGCGGGACAUUGAGGGACCCUCGCCACCCCCGUCCCCGCCCAAUGAGGACCCCCAGCCACAGCCACAGCCAGAGGAGCUGUCGGCCAAAGACUUCUUACUCAGACUGGACUUGCAAAUUAAACAGUCAAAGCAGGCGGCACGCAGGCUGAAAGAAGAAGAAGUAAGGAGCAAUGAGGAGAACUACACGGCCCCUACAACGUCAUACCAGGAGAUCUGAGAGACCGUUCACCUUGUGCGCGCAGACAGACACACACACGCACAACACUCGACCACAACCUCCUUGCUUUUUUGUUCUUUCCCCGUUUUUUGCUUUUACCAAACCACGUUGAACAAAAGUGUCAUGUUUGCCUUUUUAUUUAUUGUUACGCAAUUAUGAUGUAUGUGAUUGUUACUUUUUUUUGUACAGUCUUACUGGGAGACGUAACAGCACCGCGCGUCAGAGCACAUCCGUCCCCAUCCACCCCUCUUAUGCUUCUGAAGCUGCUGUAUAAAACCCACCUGCCGCAUAUGUAAACACACACACACACACACACACACACACACACACACACACACACACACACACACACACACACACACGCACGCACGCACCGGGUGUUGAGCAACUCCAGAAGGAUUAGCUUUUUCGACUUGCUAACUGCUCCUGAUGUUCUCAAUCCCCUCCUAGAAUAGUAACAUUGCAAAGCAUCUUCAGGCCUUCCCGCGUCGGUGUUUAACUCUGUAUGAGCACACCCCAAUCGGAGGUGGUGGAUGGACUCGGGCCUUUGUUCCAUUUGCCUCAUAAAAGCUUUUUUUUCCUUUUCUAUAUGGGAACAGAAGGGACUAAUGUAUCUUUUUGAAGUGUGAAUGCAUUAUCCAGGUGUGGAGAAGUGUCUGUAACAGCUGUUUUAAUUGUGCUUUUAAAUGGUAUUUGGUUUUAUUUUGGAGAGAAUAAAUAUGUAUUUAAACCAGA